AUGUCCUUCCUCACCCGCUUGGCCAGCCUACUGGGCUUGUCAUCUUCGGCCCCCGUUGCACCCCCAGGCGCCGCACUCGCAGCAACCGUCACAGUACCUGCAUCGUUGGGAUUUGUCCCGGUCGCGAUUCACUUUGAUCUCUUCAAUAUCCUCGUGGGUCACGGGGGACCUGCGACGGCCGACGAAGUCUCGGCUACCUGCAAUGCACGCAUCAAAGCCCGAGGGGGAGAUGAACCCGAGCUGAGUACCAGAUUAGCCUCGGACACACUCUACAUUAUGGCCGGACUCGGCCUAGUUGAACGCGUGGCCGAGGACUGCUUCACAGCAAAUGCCAUCACAAACCACAUGGUCGCCAUGCCUUCCGCCCAGCAUGGCGCACUGCACUUCACCACCGAGGGUCUAAUGGCCGGCGCAUUUUUGAUGAAAAAGCUCCGAGACACCCAAUUCGCAUACCCUUUUGCUGAAGCAGACGGCCCCUUGCAAUACGCCUAUCAGCUAAUGGGUCAGUCUGAGCUGGCAAAGCAGCACACGUACUCAAUUAUGGAGGCUCAGGGUCGCAUGGAUAGUUUCAACCAUUUCAUGGUCGGCAAGUUCCUGAAGUUCGGAACAUUCCCCGAGCGCGUCAAAUCGAUGGGCUAUGAUCUAGAUGGUGCUUUGGCAGGUGACACUACCACUGGCACCCUCGCUGGCUCCGCUACUAUGGUCGACAUCGGCGGCGGUCGUGGCGAACUCCUCCUUGAGGUUCAGGCCGUAUAUCCGCAUCUCGGUGUGGAUGAUCUAAUCGUGCAGGAGUUCAAUGCGGAUAUCGAUGAUGUGCCUGGCGUGCGUCUUAUGGAGUGGAAUUACAAAAAUGAGGCUGAGCAGCCCGUUCGGGGUGCGUGUGUUUACGCGCUGCAACAUAUCUUGCAUAAUUUGCCUGAUUUGGAUGCUGUAGCGUUGCUGCAGAAGAUUUCGCGUGCUAUGACACCUGGUUCGCGAGUUUUGAUUAUUGAGUACGCCAAGAAUUUGACUUAUACUGCGCUUCAUGCGAGUAUGAUUGCGAUUGAGGGCGAUGUUGAUAUCGGAACCGGCACAUUUCAGGCUUGCUGGGUCCUCACAUCCAUUGUCGGCGUAGCAUUGUUGUUCCGCUAUGCUAUCAAGAUCUGGGUGCGUUGGGCUUUACCGCAGGUCACUGCACCUGGUCGAAUUUGGGGUACAGAGGACUUAUUCUUCCUCGUGGCUUGGGGUUUUGAUAUCACUCAUAUGGUACUUAUUCAAAUGAGUGCCAACUCGGGCCUUGGGAGACAUUUCUUCUACUUAACUGGGGAAGAGCGUCUUUAUGCUAUGAAAUGGGACUUUCUUUCACAGCCGAUGGCUGUCACUUCGGCAAUGGUGUCACGCGCAGGCAUGAUGUGGUUUCUUUUGACUUGCUUUGCAGCCAGCGACAAGAAGAUUCGACAAUCUAUUAUCGUCUGCGCCGUUGUUCAGGUUGUCGUCAAUAUGGUUACAAUCGUCCAGAUUAUUGUCCAGUGCGGACCGAACCCGUAUCAAACGACUGAUCGAGUACAAUACUUUCACUAUAUGUGGACACCACUCCCUGAAGAUGGUUCCGUCAAGUGCCAAUCACCGGUUGUCCAAACGACUGUAGGCUUUGUACAAGGAGGAUUCAACACCGUGAUCGAUUUCUUCCUUGCCGUGCUUGCUGCAGUCGAACUCUGGCAAUUCUUCCUGCGAACCCUCCACCGUAAUCCAAACACCUCAUUCUGGUCUCAAUUCCGCAAAAUUAAUGGCACCGUUCGAUCCCGCCGGAUCUGGCAGACCAUCACGCUCAGUGGACCACUCUUGCUCUCUGGCUGUGCUUCUAUUGUAAAGACCUAUAAACUCAAAUCGCUUGGUGACAGACAAGACUUCACCUAUAAUAUCGUGACGUUCGUUCUCUGGGUAAAGAUUGAGAACUACAGCAUCCUCCUCGCCUCCUGUGCCCCAGUAGCCCGCCUCUUCCUCCGGUCCUUCAUUGACCACAGACGCGAGGGCCGGUAUCACGGCUACUGGUCUCGCUCUCGGUCAACCGCACAUAAUGAGCCAGACACAGAGAUGAAGCGCCGCGUUAAUGUUCAGGACCAGUGGCUGGAUUCGGCUACAGUGACUAAUAUGACCAAUACUUAUAUUAAGGAUGAGGAGGAUCACUGGAAUGGACAUGGGCAUGAGCGCUCUGUCAGUCAGAUUUCGAAGGCGGAGAUGCCGGACCAUCAUGAUGAUGGAUGUGUUACUAUUAAGACAGAUAUUGUUGUUCAAGUUGAUGAUGGGAGGUCGAUCUCUUCGGGUGGGACGAGGUUGUUGCCUAAUGGGGGUGAAUCUCAUUUUGGGGGAUUUCAUUGA